AUGUCAAAAUCACGGAUUUCGCCAUUUUGGAGACAAUGUUUCGUGUCAGCCACAGUAUGCUUCACGACGAUAGGCCACGGCGCCGUGGUCGGGUUCCCGGCUAUCCUGCUGCCGCAGCUCAAGGAGCCAGGAUCAUACCUCACGCUUACAGAAGAAGCUGGUUCCUGGAUAGCGUCAGUAAUGGCGAUCACUCUUCUAUUGGGGAGUUUCAUGGCUCCCCCUAUCAUGGGGCGUUUGGGCAGGAAGAUAGCACACUUCGUGGUAAUUCUCCACAUUCUAGUGGGGUGGCUGGUCAUCAUUCUGGCUAAGAGUAUAGAGGUAAUGAUCAUUGGCCGAAUCAUACACGGAAUGUCAUUUGGCUUAAUGCUUCCUCUCCGCUCAGUCCUGAUAGGGGAGUACACCAGCCCAAAGAAUAGGGGAGCGUUCCUCACCACAAUAUCUGUUACACAAGCCUUUGGGAUCUUAUUGGUCCACCUCAUAGGAUCCUGCGUCAGCUGGCAGAAAACAAUCCUCAUUCUUGUCUCAUUUCCUCUAGCAAGUCUACUCAUGACUUUCUAUACUCCGGAAACUCCAAGUUGGUACGCUGACAAAGGCAGAUAUGAACAAUGCAGACAAGUUUUCCGAUGGCUCAGGGGUGAUGAGGAAGAGGCAGAAUUAGAAGCAAUGAUAAAUGCAAGAGCAUUCAAAUCAGACAAAACUAAUAUAGCUAAUUGUAGAGAUGUCGUUACUUUGAUGAAGAAGAAGGAAUUUUAUAAACCUAUAGUGAUCAUGGUGCAUAGUUACUUGAUGGGAGAAUUUUCUGGAGGUGCUUUAAUGUCGUGCUAUUCUACGACGGUAAUCACUCUGAUGGCCGGACCAGAAGUAGAUGCCCAUUUCUGGAUGGUGGCUCUGGACGUACAGAGAAAUAUAUCGAAUAUUAUAGCAGUUUACGUAGUGAAAAAGGUGAAAAGACGAACUAUGAUGUUGUCUACGGGUAGUCUUUGUAUCCUAAGCAGCAUUGCCAUAGCAGGUUAUGUGUACGCCAAAAAUACUGGUAUGUUGACUUACACUGCAUCGUGGAUACCAAUCCUCCUCAUCAACGUUCAGUUUUUCACGGUAGCUGUGGGCAUGGUGUGUCUUCCCUACGUUAUAGCAGGAGAAAUAUUUCCUCUCGAGUACAGGAGUCUGGGAGGCAGCAUCAGCAUAGUUUCGAUAGCCUGUGGGUACUUUUUAGUAACCAAAACUUUUCCAUCUUUGGAGGGAGCUAUUGGACUGCACGGAGCUUACACAGUUUAUGCGGCAGCCAUGUCGUAUAAUCUGUUUGUGAUCUGGGCUCUACUGCCUGAAACUAAGGAUAGGACGUUACAAGAGAUUGAAGAACAUUUCAGAGGGAAACCUUUGAGAGCUGAAGAUAUAGAAGUCAGCCAGUCAUUGAAUAAAGAAAAUGUUGAAAAAGCCAUUAGCUGA